AUGUGGGAGCUGCUCCUGGCUGGCAAGCUCCGGGAAUAUGGGGUGAUCGUCCCCUUCAGCACCGACUGUCGGGGCCGGUUCCUCUCGCACGUCGUGUCCGGAGCUUGCCUCUUCACCGGCGGCAUCUCCGGCAUGCCGGGCGCUGCCGUGGCCAUCAGCAACUGCGACGGGCUGGCUGGCCUGAUUCGGACAGACAGCAACGAGUUCUUCAUCGAGCCCCUGGAGAGGGGGCAGCAGGAGACAGAGGAGCACGGGAGGGCCCACGUGGUGUAUCGCCGCUCGGCCAUCCGGCAGGACGCUGCCCAACCCCACCAAGACCUUCACCCCCAAGUGCCUGGGGUGCAGGUGGGUGACCUCCCCAACUCCCUGGAGGUGAUGACGGGGCGACUUGGGGGGGACGCCGAGCGCAAGAGGCGUCACACCAGGAAGGAUGACUACAACAUUGAGGUCUUGCUGGCAGUGGAUGACUCGGUGGUACGAUUCCAUGGGAAGGAGCACGUCCAGAACUAUGUCCUCACCCUCAUGAACAUAGUGGAUGAAAUCUACCACGACGAGUCCCUGGGGGUUCACAUCAACAUUGUGCUGGUCAGGAUGGUCAUGGUGGGAUAUCGCCAGUCAGUCAGCCUGAUAGAGAGAGGGAACCCAUCCCGGAGCUUGGAGCAGGUCUGUCGCUGGGCGCACUCGCAGCAACGCUCCGACCCGUCGCACGCCGAGUACCACGACCACGCUGUCUUCCUCACCAGGCAAGAUUUUGGUCCUGCAGGCUACGCGCCGGUGACCGGGAUGUGCCACCCGCUGCGCAGCUGCACCCUCAACCAUGAGGAUGGUUUCUCCUCUGCCUUCGUUGUCGCCCACGAGACUGGCCAUGUGCUGGGCAUGGAGCACGAUGGCCAGGGAAACCGUUGUGCUGAUGAGACCAGCAUGGGGAGCAUCAUGGCCCCCCUGGUCCAGGCUGCCUUCCACCGCUACCACUGGUCCCGCUGCAGCAAGCAGGAGCUCAACCGCUACAUCCACUCCUAUGACUGCCUGCUGGACGAUCCCUUUGAGCACCAGUGGCCCCCCCUCCCCAAGCUGCCAGGCAUUAACUACUCCAUGGACGAGCAGUGCCGCUUUGACUUCGGCGUGGGCUACAAAACCUGCACGGCCUUCCGCACCUUCGACCCCUGCAAGCAGCUGUGGUGCAGCCACCCGGACAACCCCUACUUCUGCAAGACCAAGAAGGGACCACCCUUGGAUGGGACUGAGUGCUCUCCAGGCAAGUGGUGCUUCAAGGGUCACUGCAUCUGGAAGACGUCGGAGCAGCCCUACAGCCAGGAUGGUGGCUGGAGCUCCUGGUCCAAGUUUGGCUCCUGCUCCAGGACCUGUGGGGGAGGCGUCCGCUGGCGCAGCCGGAGCUGUGACAACCCCUCGCCAGCCUAUGGUGGGCACCACUGCCCAGGACCCACCUAUGAGUACCAGGUGUGCAGCUCUGAGGAGUGCCCAGGGCCCUACCAGGACUUCCGUGCACAGCAGUGCUCCAAGCUGAACUCCUACUACACCCACCAGAACAGCAAGCACUCCUGGCUGCCCUAUGAACAUCACCAUGAUGCUCAGAAGUGUGAGCUCAUCUGCCAGUCAGAGGGGACAGGGGACGUGGUCUUCAUGAACCAGGUUGUCCACGAUGGGACCCGCUGCAGCUACCGAGACCCCUACAGCAUCUGCGUCCGGGGGGAGUGCGUGCACGUUGGUUGUGACAAGGAGGUUGGGUCCCUGAAGCAGGAUGACAAGUGUGGGGUCUGUGGGGGGGACAACUCCCACUGCAGGACAGUGAAGGGCACAUUGGCCAAGACCCCCAAGCAGCCAGCGGGUGUUUUGAAGAUGUUUGAGAUCCCAGCUGGGGCAAGGCACCUUCAGAUAGAAGAGGUGGAGCCAGCAUCCCACAGCAUCGCUGUGAAGAACCAAGCCACGGGUGACUUCAUCCUGAAGGCCAAGGGCAAAGAAGCCAAAAGCCAAGUGUUCAUUGAGAUGGGCUUGGAGUGGGAGUACACCACUGAGCAUGGCAAGGAGAGCCUGAAAACCACUGGUCCUCUGCACGAGGCCAUCAGUGUUCUGGUCAUCCCUCAGGAGGAGGAGGUGAGGAGCAGCCUGAUGUACCGGUACAUCAUCCACGAAGAUCUGCUGCCCAUGAUUGGAAACAACAAUGUCCUGCUCCUGGAGAUGGAUUCCUAUGAGUGGGCCCUCAAGAGCUGGUCUCAGUGCUCCAAGGCCUGUGGUGGAGGCAUCCAGUACACCAAGUACGGCUGCCGGCGCAGGAGCGACAGCCGCAUGGUGCAGAGGAGCUUCUGUGACACCAGCAGGAAGCCCAAGCCCAUCCGCCGGCGCUGCAACCUCCAGGAGUGCUCCCAGCCCAGCUGGGUGGCUGAGGAGUGGGGUGCCUGCAGCAGGUCCUGUGGCAAGCUGGGGGUGCAGGCCCGUGGGGUGCAGUGCCUGCAGCACCUCAAGGAUGGUACCAACAGGACCCUGCACCCCAAAAACUGCCCCGGGCCCCGGCCCGACACCCGCCGGCCCCGCUGCUCAGCCAGCUGUGGGGAAGGUGUCCAGCAGAGGCAGGUGGUCUGCAAGGGCAGCGAGGGCGGCGGGCGCUGCCAGGGCCAGAAGCCUGAGGCUGUGAGGGGCUGCCAUGUGGUCAUCUGCCCAGAGAAGCUCUCUGGCAUCACCACCACCACGGCUGACCAGGGCACACCCCAGGGGCAGCGGGUGCCCCAGGAUGGACCCAAAAACCCUGUCAGCAAGAUCUCCUCCAGAGAGCCUUGCCUUGGGGACAAGUCCAUCUUCUGCCAGAUGGAGGUCCUGGCCCGUUACUGCUCCAUCCCUGGCUACAACAAGCUCUGCUGUGAAUCCUGUGGCAGGAAAACCUCCCCCAGUGCUGCUCCCAGCUCCUCUCCAUCACUUCCCUCACAUCCCACCACCCCUACCCGGGCAGGGACACCCCCUGGAGACCCCACAGCAGCUUCUUCAGCUGAACCAACCCCCAAGGGAGGGCUUCCAGAGGCUGGAGCUUCCCCAGAGGGGCUACCAGCCCCUAGUGAGGUGGGCAGGGAGGUGGCAGCCAGCCAGGCCCUGCUCAGGUUCUCCCACCUCCUUCCAACCUCCCCCAGCACCCACUGGGUCUCCACCUUCUUCCCCACCCUCUUCAGCUCCAACCUCAACCUAACCUCUCCCUGGCUCAAGAUAAGGUUUGAAGCUGCUGGUCUGUGA